CCCAAGCCCUUCUCCGCCCCCACCUAGCCCUUUACCGCCAUCACCCAGCCCUCCGCCUAGCCCUCUGCCGCCUUCGCCCAAGCCUCCCUCCCCUGACCCUCCUUCACCUCCUCCGCCCCCAAGCCCCUUCCCCCCAAGCCCUCCUCCAAGUCCCCCUCCACCAUCACCGAUGCCUCCUCUGCCGCCUUCACCGGAGCCACCUAGCCCCAAACCGCCUAGCCCGCCGCCCAGCCCGCUUCCCCCCAGCCCAUCUCCUCCCAGCCCUCUGCCGCCCUCCCCCAGUCCGCCUCCCAGCCCGCUGCCGCCUUCUCCUCCACCCCCUUCACCGUUACCCCCCUCACCUCCAUCGCCUCCAAGCCCUCCGCCGCCCUCACCCCCACCUAGCCCUUCCCCGCCACCGCCUAGCCCGUCUCCGCCACCUCCAAGUCCCCCACUGCCCCCUUCUCCUGACCCCCCUAGCCCUCAACCUCCUAGCCCGCCUCCAAGCCCUAAGCCUCCUAGCCCGUUUCCACCAAGCCCCGCCCCACUUCCACCUAGCCCGCCUCCUAGCCCACUCCCGCCCUCACCCCCGCCGCCCUCUCCUAACCCGCCCUCUCCUCCUGAGCCCCCAAGCCCGCCGCCGCCAUCUCCGCCGCCCAGCCCCUCUCCGCCGCCCCCGAGUCCCCCACCGCCCCCGUCUCCUGAUCCGCCCAGUCCGCCACCACCUAGCCCGGCCCCCAGCCCAACUCCUCCAAGCCCGCUACCCCCAAGCCCCUCCCCUCCACCACCUAGCCCUCCGCCAAGCCCUUUACCCCCAUCACCACCGCCCCCAUCACCAAAUCCGUCCCCACCACCAUUGCCACCCAGCCCUCUGCCGCCUUCCCCACCACCAAGCCCCUUGCCCCCUUCACCUCCUCCGCCUUCUCCUGAGCCUCCCAGUCCCCCUCCUCCAAGCCCUCCGCCAAGCCCUAGCCCACCCAGCCCCUUACCGCCCAGCCCUUCACCGCCGCCGCCCAGCCCUGAGCCAAGCCCUCUUCCCCCCUCUCCACCCCCGCCGUCUCCUAUUCCACCGUCACCGCCACCCCCACCCAGCCCUCUGCCGCCUUCCCCACCACCCAGCCCCUUGCCCCCUUCACCUCCUCCGCCUUCUCCUGAGCCUCCCAGUCCCCCUCCUCCAAGCCCUCCGCCAAGCCCUAGCCCACCCAGCCCCUUACCGCCCAGCCCUUCACCGCCGCCGCCCAGCCCUGAGCCAAGCCCUCUUCCCCCCUCUCCACCCCCGCCGUCUCCUAUUCCACCGUCACCGCCACCCCCACCCAGCCCUCUGCCGCCUUCCCCACCACCCAGCCCCUUGCCCCCUUCACCUCCUCCGCCUUCUCCUGAGCCUCCCAGUCCCCCUCCUCCAAGCCCUCCGCCAAGCCCUAGCCCACCAAGCCCCUUACCGCCCAGCCCUUCACCGCCGCCGCCCAGCCCUGAGCCAAGCCCUCUUCCCCCCUCUCCACCCCCGCCGUCACCGAUUCCACCGUCUCCUCCACCCCCACCCAGCCCUCUGCCGCCUUCCCCACCACCAAGCCCCUUACCCCCCUCGCCUGACCCCUCACCUCCGCCUUCUCCUGAUCCGCCCAGUCCCCUUCCUCCAAGCCCUCCGCCAAGCCCCUUACCGCCAAGCCCCUUACCGCCAAGCCCCUCUCCACCGCCGCCCAGCCCUGAGCCCAGUCCUCUUCCUCCUUCUCCACCCCCGCCGUCUCCUAAUCCACCCUCCCCCCCAACGCCACCCAGCCCUCUGCCGCCAUCUCCGGCCCCAAGCCCCUUACCCCCUUCACCGCUUCCGCCUUCUCCUGAACCACCCAAUCCCCUGCCACCAAGCCCCCCGCCAAGCCCUAGCCCACCAAGCCCACCACCCCCCAGCCCCUCCCCGCCACCUCCCAGCGCUCCCCUUAGUCCCUUACCUCCUUCACCUUCGCCUCCAUCGCCAAGCCCCCCAGCCCCGCCAUUGCCACCCAGCCCGCCACCCCCACCUCCACCACCCAGUCCCUCACCUCCCUCUCCCAACCCAUUGCCGCCGCCCUCUCCUCAUCCUCCAAGUCCCCAUCCACCCAGCCCGCCCCCAAGCCCUUCUCCUCCAAGUCCCUUCCCUCCAAACCCCUCUCCUCCUUCGCCUAGCCCGCCACCCAGUCCACUACCUCCCUCCCCGCGGCCUCCCUCUCCAAAUCCAUCCCCACCUCCGAAGCCUCCCAGCCCGCCACCACCAUCACCGCCGCCCAGCCCCCCGCCCUCUCCUCCAAGCCCGCCGAGGCCCCCUCCACACGCCCCUCAACCCCCUAGCCCCCUCCCACCAAGUCCUCUUCCGCCCAGCCCCUCGCCCCCGCCUCCCAAACCUCCACCUCACCCUAGGCCUCCAUCGCCACCAAUGCCAAGCCCCCCACCCCCGUUCAUGUCGACCAUACCGGCUGCAUAUGUUAACCAAAGCAAUCCCUCGGCAGUCAUGCUGGUUACUGAGAGCACGGUGGUGAGCAACUCCCCCAACGUCAGCUCACUCUUCCCCGACGCCGCCAACGUCACCGUCACGCAGCAGCUGGUGGAGUUCCCGCUCAACGUCGCCUUCAACGGAGGUGGCGGCAAGAACUGCGAUGAUUCACUGCUGACCGCUGUGCGCACGGCACUUACACAGCGACUGAGCGUCACGUCGCAGCAGAUCACCAAGCUGGAAUGCGCUGCCGACACCGACGCGACCACUGCUCGGCGGCAACGCAUGCUGCAGGCGGCAGCAGGCGCACCUCCGCCUCCCUCGUCAGCUUGCUCGGACGCUGGAGCCACACCCAUGAGCCUGGUGAUCCAGUUGAGCCUUCCCCCAACGGCGAACACAACUGCCAUUUCUGCUACCAUCAACGAAUUGCUCGCCGCCUGGGCUAACGGCUCUGGCUCGGAUGGUUCUGAACUCGUGGUGUGCGGCUCGCCUGGGCUCGGCAAUUUCCGCACGGCAACUGAAGUUAACGUGACCUAUGCUGUGCCUCUGAGCAGUCAGGGAGCGGCGGCGCUUGCACAAUCGUGUAGCUCCUCGUCAUGCACUAUUGUGGGGACGCCAAGUAUGGGUGCUGUGGCUCCGCCACCACUGCCGUUGUCAGCUGUUCCUUCUUCAUCAACCGAUGACUCUUCCUCGAAAAGUGGCAGCAAGGUCAACGUUGGUGUGAUUGCCGGCAUUGCUGUUGGCUGUACUGUGCUGCUGCUGGCUAUGUGCAUCGGGUUGGCGGCUAUCCUGCUCCGGCGCCGGAAGGAGGAACGGGGCCAGCGGCGGCGACCUGGAAGCGCGGAGACUGACGGGAUGGAGGUCGUUACACUGCCGGACGAGGCCACCUCCGUGUCCCCUGUCAGCGACAUCUUCGGUGUCACUGAGCCGCCGCCCGCGGACCCCAGCCUGCACAUCAGCUUGGUGCCCAGCAGCCCCGAUGCACAAGCAGGAGUCGCAACAGCAGCCAGGACCGCAUGGGCUGAACCCGCGUCCGCCUCGAGACCCGGCAGUCGUGGGGAAACCGCAUCCCGGCCUGGCACGGCUGGCAGCCGCAACGGCUGGACGGCAGGUGGCAACAACGGCUUGCGUCUGGCGCCCACCACGCCCCCCUUGCAGCAUGACAUCGAGGUUGAUGAGGAGGACAUCACUCCUGCCAUCGUGGAGACCCCGGCAGCGGCAGCUAAGCCUGCUAUCACCCAUGACGCCGCCGGACGGCCCAUUUCACCGCCCUGGGCACGUGUCAGCGGUGCUGCUGUGGCCCCCGCAAUCCUCAACCUGCCGGAAGCAAGAGACCUUGAGGGCGCUGAGGUGGUGCAGGCGGGCCCGGGAGAUGAUGGCAAAGCCCAGCCCCCUGACGACAGUGAACCUCCUCGGGCAGCUUGGGGCAGCAAGAAUGACAAGAGCGCACACGGUGGUUCCGGUGAUGCCGCCGACACGGGAGCCAGCGGUGAGCCUCGCACCAGCCGGCCUACCAGUGCUUCGGCCGCCGCAGCUGCUAGAGCGGCACCCAGGGCACCUUCACGACUCAGCUACACAGGCAACAAUGCUGGCGGCGUUGACAACAGCUUCCCCGUCCGUGCUAGCACUGGGUCGCUGCCUUCUCCUCCGCGGCCGCUCAGCCGCGGCAGCACCGAUGCUCCCAACCCGUCCAUGGUGGGUGCUGCUGCUGCUGCCGCCCUGCGUGCACUUAACAUCGGCAGCCGACUGGGUGCGAGGUCCCCCAAGGUGGCUGAUGAGAGUGCUACCUCGACCGGCCAGCUUGCAUUCAUGGACGAGGAAGGCGAUGAGGCCAGGUCAGCGAGCCGGGGUGCUCCCAGGCCGUCUAAGAAGGGCCCCAAGGCAGCUGAUGGCGGGGGUUCGACGGAUGAAGAUGAGGCCGAACACCCCAGUAGCAAAGGACAUCCACGGCCGUCUAAGAAGGGCCCUAAGGCUUCCGUGGAUGGCUCUGAGGACCCGACACGUCUGCAAGACGAGGCAGACAGGCCAGGGAGCAAGGCCAACCCACGGCCAACUAAGAAGGGCCCCAAGAUGUCGAUGGAUGGCUCAGCCGAGUUCCCCACAGCUCAGCAGGAGGAGAUGGAGAGGCCCGGGAGCAACCCCAACCCCAGGCCGUCCAAGAAGGGCCCGAAGGCCGCUUUGGAUGAGGCUGGACCUCCCCAAGCAGCACAUGAGGGUGCUGCCUGGCCUGCCAGCAAGCCCAACCCACGGCCAUCCAAGAAGGGACCCAAGCUGGAGGGCGAGGCCGGGCCCUCCCAGCCCAAGGCCAACCCACGGCCGUCCAAGAAGGGUCCCAAGGUGCAUGAGGAUGACGACUCGGACGACCCUGCGGAGGCGGCUGUGGAGGAGGUGGAGGCAUGGCCUGCCAACCGGGGACACCCAAGGCCAUCCAAGAAGGGGCCAAAGCAUGUGGAUGAUGCAUCUGGAAGGGAUGGCCCGCUAUGGCAUGACGUCCGGUCUGACCCCAAGGCCCUGCCCAAGGGCCCCAAGGUCAUGCCAGGCAGGAACCGCUCCUAUAUGAUGCCCACCGCCGCCUCCGUCCUCAAGACAGGCCAUGAAGACGUGGGGGCCGCCAAAGCUGCCAUGGCCGCCACAGUGCACGAACUGCGCCGUCCGGCCACGCUGGCGGCUGUUCCGAUUGCAAGUCGCGGUGAUCACCACGCCGUCUUGUCCUCGGCCCCCAGCGACUUCUCAGACGCUGCGCGGCGCUCGCGUUCCGUAACCGAGCUGCCCGUCAAACCCCGUACGGCGGUUACCGGGCGUCACGCAUCCGUAACCAUGCCUGGCAACCGGCCAAUCCAGUCUUCCCCCUCAGCGGCUGGCAACAGUGACGCAGCCGGCAGCAGCGCUCUAGAGCCGCCGGAGACCCGAGGCGGCACACUGGCGGCCGGAAAGUCAGUCGGGGGCCCGCGCAUCAGUAUCCUGGGUGGUACCGGAGGCCCUCGUGAGGCGUUUGCCUCAGAGCCCUCUCUGCCUGGGUCGCCUGGCGAGCCGGCGCUCGGCCAGGAGCCGUCGGAACUGCUAACGCCCGAGGCGUCGAUGGGCGAUGGCGGCGAGGAUGAGCUGACGCAGUGGCUGGCUCUGCACCCGCGGCCUCCUGCGGCACCUGGCAGUGCGGGUUCUGGAAGCAAGGGGACCAGCAGCCGCAGCUCACUGGUUCAGAAGGGUGGCAAGGGAGGCGUUGUCUGAGUCUAUCUAGCGAUCGGGGUUACAGUUGCUAUGAUCACGCGCAUGGUUAGGUUAUGGGAAGUGUGUGUGGUGAGGUCAGGUGGGUUUUACCGUUGCGUCUUGUUGCCGUUGGACGGGACUGGCAUACUUACCUCAUUACGUGUUGCAUGGGGGGGUAACAGUACGUACACGGAAAACGUUUGUUGCAGUAACUUUGGCGCAGGUUGUUUAUAAAAGAAGAACGGGUUUGUGUUUGCUGUCGUUGUGGUUCCAGUGGCGUUGGUGACACAACUAAGCCUUAUUCAGCGCCUUUAGAUUGUUAUGGCUUGUUGACUGCGGACUUCUCCUUAACGGCCCAACUGGCUAGCCAAGGCUGGAUGUACAUGUGGCUUGGUGAUGUGACAUGGGGGUUUGCCUUGUGCCCCUUCACCUGUCUGCUGAGGAGAGGAUAGGUUGUAUAUGCUUGUUGUUUAUUAGGACGUAAACCCCAACCAUGCGUACAACGACGUAGGGGGAUUGUUGACUGUGCCCAUUCACACCAGUACAGAGUUGGAAGGCAGUCCUUGCAUCCUGUCAGCUAACGGACUAUUAACACACCGCUUUACCUACAAGCCGCUUUGCAUGCAUCACCCCGGGGCUACUGCUCGGAUAGUCACUCUUUUUUGUGUACCUCGUGUCAUGUGGUAAACCACUUUUAACGCUAGUGCCCACUUGUGUGUCCGGGACAUAUUACGCGCGUUUUUAUGUCGGCGUGGAUACAUUGGCGAGCUUGUGUUUGCUCGUCAGGCCCUUUGGAUUCAUUUGCGAAGUGGCGCAGGAGGCCCUUGAUUCUCACAGCUGCUCGAGCCCCUAUCGUCCAGUGGGCCAAGAGAUACGUGAGUACAAGGCCCAUGCUGGCCGGAACGCCUGCUGGGGAGCUGUUUUUGGAGCUUGGUUUAUGAUUCAUGUUUGCCAACUCUCACUCAUCUGCAGCGCUCGUGUGCUCCUGUUGUGGAUGUCCUUACCACGCAGCUGCAGGGCCAACGUUGUCAUGUGGUGACGAUAUUUCUUGGGGUAUUCUUACUGUGUGGUUUUGGUGGCCAUGUCGUUUACCCGCCAACAAUUAACCAUAUCGUUUCAUGUGCGCCAGUGUUCAUUACGUCUUGCACCGGGCUGUCUGAGGCUGCAAGCCGAAUGUCGUUCAGACACGAUACACCCCCUGUACACCCUGAUGCAGUUGUCAGGGUAGGGGUUACAGUGCUGUACGCUUGAUGUUGCCGUUUGCUUAACGUCUACAGUGUAACGUGAUGGCAAGCCUAAUGAAGUAAGGAUUGCUGAAGAGCAUUCGGACCAUCCCUUGGCGCUGGUGAACAUCGGGGAUAGGCAGUAUCAGCAUGUAUGUGCCCUUACAUGGGUCUUGCAUGGUUUCAGGCGACAAGGUGACACCACCCAGCCUGCGCAGAUAUACAAACCAAUCCAGU